GACUUCACCGUUGUUUCCAUUUAAACUCCCAUAUAUACCUCUUCAACUUUCUCAUAACGUCACCACAAUCAAUCACACCCCAUUUUUCAGUUUCUUCAAAAUGAUGCGUGUGAGUAACAAUUUAGUAGGAAUUCUCAACAUAAUCACAUUUCUGAUUUCAAUCCCAAUCAUAGGAGGAGGUAUAUGGCUAUCAAGGCAAGCAGAUACAGAGUGUGAGAGGUUUCUUGAAAAGCCUGUGAUAGCACUUGGAGUUUUUGUCAUGUUGGUUUCAUUAGCGGGUCUAAUUGGUUCAUGUUGUAGAGUUUCAUGGCUUCUAUGGGUUUACCUUCUUGUUAUGUUCUUGUUGAUUGUCUUGAUUUUUUGCUUCACUAUUUUUGCUUUUGUGGUGACUAAUAAGGGCGCUGGUCAAGCCCUAUCUGGUAAAGGCUAUAAAGAGUAUAGGCUUGGUGAUUAUUCUAAUUGGUUGACAAGAAGGGUUAAUAAUCAUUGGGGUAGGAUUCAGAGUUGCUUGCAGGAUAGUAAGAUCUGCAAAACUUUGAUUGAUGAUGAGUCUAGCACAAAAGUUGAAGACUUUUACAAAAAACAUCUCUCUGCUCUUCAGUCUGGUUGCUGUAAGCCAUCAAAUGACUGCAACUUUACCUACGUGAGCCCGACUAAUUGGACCAAGAAUUCAACCUCAUCCUUGACCAAUCCAGACUGUAACUUGUGGAGCAACGAUCCUAAUGUCUUGUGUUAUAGCUGCGAAUCCUGCAAAGCCGGGCUGCUAGACAAUAUCAAGAGUGACUGGAAGAGGGUGGCUGUACUUAAUAUCAUAUUCCUCGUCUUCCUCAUUGUUGUCUACUCUGUUGGAUGCUGUGCUUUUAGAAACACUAGGCGUGACAAUUCUUAUAAGCGUUACCCUUAAGAGUGCUCCUAGUGUUUUCGUGAUGCCCUUUUGAUUACCUCUUCAGAUUUUUGUCGCAUAUUAUAUGGAGUAGACCAUUUAGUAUGUUUUCAUGCUCUUUCAUGUACAGAGGAGUAUUUUUCGACUUUUGUUGGACCAAUUGAUUACUUUGGAUAUAUGUGAAUUCCUAUUAAUACACGAGUUCGUUGUUUAGAAUA